AUGCAGCCAACGAAGAAUAAUAUGGCCUACAAGAAGGUGGCGCAGAGCUUCCAGUUGCCACCUUUGCCACAUGCAAAGAUCAGGAAUCCAGUGACAAACAAGAGUCUGGGUUGCACUGUCGCGAUGGCUGGUUUACUCAACUGCUGGGCAGCAAAUGGAGAAGGGUCAGCAGCUUGUGCCGCCUUGGAAUUAGAAUUGAAGACAUGUAUGGAGCUUGCAGGCAAGGGUAAGGGAACCAGAAGCUCCAUCAAUUACCACACCGGUAGACUAUAUCCUAAGUUGAAACUUAAGCGUAACGAUUAA